AGGCACAGUACAGAGAUAGUGGUAUUUUUUCCCUGCAGCUCGCGCUUGUGUUGAACAUCGUACUUAACGUAUCACAACGCAUCGCCAUCUAUUCAAGUUUUACACAACGCUAUUUCAUUUUUCAUCGAGAUACAUCUAUGCCUAUGACCUUUCCUUUUCGGUGCUGCGAUAUGUAAAGAACGCAGUUUAUUUCGUGGAAAAAUCCAUAUGAAAAAAUGUUGCGAUGGUUAUAACUCGCCCGGACAAGGACGAAAGUCCUUUCUUGCAGCGAGUAUUAAUUGCAGGCUAGUGCUGGUCUCGCAGCAGCUGUCAUCGCAAGAACAAUGGAUGGCGGAAAUAACCCCUCUGCUACGACGCCGACGUCCUCCCACCUGCGGCCGCAAACCCGGGAAAACAAGUCCAACAGCCCUCUGAAAAACGCGAUCAGUCCGACGUUCCGAUUGCAUGGCCGCCAUAUCACCUCCCCCGCCGGGCAGGGAGGAGCGACGGGAGGUGCCAGUAGUAGUAGACCCGGGUCUAGUGCGGCGGGACAUGGGGGAUUACUACAUGGCGGAUCGCAUCAUGGAACAACAACCGGCGUCUCCGGGGUCGAAGGCUUGCUUGGCACGACUGGGGGCUUUGCUGGGAGUAGCAGCUCGAGCUCAUCGACCAUUGGAGUUGCGGGGACCACAAGCGGGUCAAAUUGGAAGAGAAGCGGGACGGGGAAGUUGGCGCAGAAGGAUAGUAUUGCUCCUGUUUAGAAGAUGAGUGUCGUUUUUUUUUUUUUUGUAUGAGGCAUUGUUGGUGUCCUCGUGUAGUGCACAUGAAAGGUGAACAACGUCGAACGAAACCGCAAAGACAUUUUGACAUCAAGCCACCUUCUAUCUUCUAAAACACAACCCCAACAACUGGAACUGAUAUCAGAAUCCGCCGGCUUUGCCAACGCCAAUGGUUCUUCAAUCAACGAACAAGUGCCCACGAUGUCUCUGCUGCAACGACCGAGCAGCUCUUCCUCCGGCAGUGCCAGUUCUGCGUCCAGUCUGAACCACGGGUCUAGUGGGUUUCCGAUCCACAGUUCCUCGUCGGGCAAUCCAAGCAAAAAAUCCUCAUCUUCCUCUUCCGCACACCAAAACAAUAAUAAUGCACACGCGAUCCAAAACAGCAACAACACAUUUCCGAAAUCGGGCUUGGAGGACGAACGGUUUCAUUUUCUCCUCCACCACGGAGUAGUACGAGCGGUCGAGGGCCAGGACCGGAUUAUUUUCGCGGAAUUACCUAAUUUACCACUAAUUGUCUACCGCAGCCCCGCGGAACGGGAAUAUUCGCCGGAGCGGUUCAAUUUGGAUCGCAGGAAACUCCAGGUCUGCCCCUUACUCGAAGGGGAGGAGAAACUCCGGUUGUUGAACUACCAGAAAAACAGCAUCCAGAAGAUCGAGAAUCUGGUGUCGUUACCAAACUUGAUUUUCCUCGAUUUGUACGGCAACCAGAUCGAGACCAUCGAGAACCUCCAAACCGUCCCGACGUUGAAGGUUUUAAUGCUCGGGAAGAACAAGAUCAAGAAGGGCGUCGAACACUUGGCGUUACUACCGAAACUGGAUGUCGUUGAUCUCCACGCGAACAGCCUGAAAGAAAUGCCGUUCGCCGAGCCGGCACCCUUGCGGGUUUUGAAUUUAGCGAGUAAUCUGUUUGAACAGCAGUUCAAUUUACCGCAUUUGUUGGAGAACUUGAUCGAGCUGAACCUGAGAAGGAACAAGAUCGAACACCUCGGAAGACUAGACAUCACCUGUUUUAACUUGCAGCGACUGUACGUUUCCCACAAUCAGCUGAAAAGCUUGAACAGCAUCGCGUGUGUGGCCAAGAUGACGAAAUUGGUGGAUCUCAGUGUGGACAACAACCCGCUAGUGGAUGAGAAAAACAGGGAGGAAAUCCGGAGGGAGAUUGUGUUGAAGUGCAGCGAAACCUUGAAAACGUUGGACGAGAAAUUGGUUAGUGAGGAGGAAAAGAAGAUGAAGGUAAAACACAUCAAGUGGUCUAGGUUUCUUCAUCUGCUUUUCGACAUGUUGGUGCGCAUGGCAAAUCAUUUUUUUCUUGGCUGGUUUUGCAUGACAAAUUUUCGACACACAAAACGCAGGAAGCCACCGCAAAAGCAGCGCCGCAGGGAUCCUGGAUGGGGGAGAAGUACGAAUCAGCGGCGCUGGAUAUCGAGCAGAGGAGGAAGGUAAAUGUAGCGCGUUUUUAUUUGCAAGGCGGGAUCGCAUGACAGACCGACUCUCCUUUUACCUUGACUUUGAGAACAUUGAUGCAUUGCAGCAGGAGCAUACGACCACACACUCAACUAAAUCGAACUACGAAAACAGGAUCUGGAUCAAACGUACUGGUCCAGUGCUGGUCGUCGCAGGAGGCCGGUGUCAGGGAAAAGCGGUUCUCUCACCAACGCUGCGCAAACGGAAAGCGAUUUGCUGCUGCAGGAUCUCAUGUCCCCGACCAAGAUGGAUAGGAGUCGAAGCGGCAGCGGAAAUUUGUUGGGAAGUGGUACGGGGGCGGUGGCCGGGGAGCAACAGGUACAAGAGAAGAUUUUGCACGACGCGACGAGGACUUUGCAGAUGAUUUCAAAUAAUUUGAAAGAACCUUCUCAAAGUUCGAACGUCUGUUUGCGAAGUUGUACUUGGCACGCAAUUGUGCAAGUAUCCAUGUUGUCAACUGUACUAGUACUGCUCCCUUACAACAGGCACCAUCCGAACAGCAUCAAACAAAGAAACCUUUCGACCCCGGCGCUGCUCCCGACCACCCGCAAGCCAGCUCCAGCGCAGCAGCCUCGUCCAGCUCUAGCCGGUCCAGUUCUAACCAAGUCCCGCGUUCCACCAUCGACCCACGCGACAUUCUCGCAAGAGUGGAUUUCGCGACUGCAGCGACAAACACUGUUUCCGAGCAAGCAGCUACUAGUGUUACUAGUCCUGAGGGCGGCGGCGCUGGUAGACGAGAGCGAGAAGGAGAGCAGGCCAGCAGUGAUCUGGGUGGUGGUGCGGGGACGAAUCUUCAACAGCCACUAUUCACAACCUCAACUGGGUCCAGCAAGCUCAAAGACCAAUCCAAUCUCCUUCUCACACCGCCACUUACAGGGGCGGAUGAACAAGCGAAAGCACCAUCAGUCUUUGACGAAGUGAAGAACACGUCGAAAUCUACCAUAGAGCCCGUCGCGACCGCCGGAGAGCAAACCACUGAAGAAGCUCUUACCACCGACCAGGAACAGGGACGGAAUGCAAGUGCGACGGUGACCGAUCAGGAGAUAGAGCCAGCGAUUUCAUCCGCAAAUAAACCUUUCGCUGCUCCUGCGCAGUUAGCGAUGAAACCACCGUCGGUCAAAGUGCAGCCGGUGAUGCCCGAAGUCGAUUCAUCGGGAAAACUGACAAAACCGCCCAGCAAGGUUAUAGACCUAUCCGAGCCUGAAGUGCAGCAACUUGCUGAAGAGGUUGACUCCUCCUCUGUCCAGGCGGAAGAGACCGACGAAACGGGCGGGACCAGCAGUGACCAAGGGACUGAAACGCAGGAGGAGAAUGCUUUGCAGCUGCAGAAACCACCGUCGACCGUGGUCCUGUCCGGGGUGCAAGUAGUCGGGGGCACUACAGCAACUCAGAAUGCUGACCAGCACGUCGGAGCAACUGCAGACCAGAGCCAAUUCAUCACCCCGGGCACCAUGGUGGAUCAAAUCUUAUCCAAGCACAUCCAGAAACACCAGAAACCUGCGGAAGCUACGCCGGGAAGUGUGCCUGGAUCUGGUCCUCCUGCUUCUUCUGCAGGGGGUGCUGCAGCAAGUUCUUCUAGUGCUGGAGCAGCACCAGCACCACCGCAACCUGGGCCUCGGCAAGUGUUGACGAAAGAAGGCGUUUCCACCUCGAACAUAGUCUCCAAAAACAUCGCCCGACCCCCCGCCCGGGAGUCCAGUGACCAGCUACCGAAAAAUAAAAUCGCCGUGCCGACAAGUUCUGUGACAGUCGGUGGUGGUGGGCUUCCUCUCGAGAACCCACCGUCAGCAACAACUCCUGCAACGUCGACACAUCAACAUCCCUCCACGCCCGCAACUGGAGGCACCUCUACGACGAAACGGGGCAAAAAACAAGCCCCCUCGCGAUUACCCACCGCAAAGUUUCUCGUACACGACCACGACGUACAAAUGCGAUCGCUGCAUGACAAAACUGGGCUUCGAUACUAGUUUAGCAUGACAAGAAAUGUCACUCUCCAAGUUGCUGGUGAACAAAUUUGUGAUGCAUUUUGUAGAUGUGCGGGAAAUUUGUCUUGCAUACCGACACGACGUGCUGAACGACAUCCGGCAACAGUGGCUGGACGCCACCCGGUAUGAGAGUGCAUAACUCCCGUUCCCCCUCAUUUGUACGGGAUGAACAGCAAUACAAACAUCAGCACACGUGGAGCAUAUGCACGACAUAUUUAUGUGCCUGAUGUAGUACUGUUUGAGCUCCCGGAAUUUGUCAUGCAAACCGGGCCAGAAGGCAGCGCCUGGACUUGGGAUUUUGCAAGACAAAUGAGGAAGACGGGGACUAGUUGUGCACUGUCAUACCCGGGAGGGCAAGAACCCCCAAACCAGGUAUGGGUACGUGAAACGCGAAGAAGCGUUUGAGUUGUUCAUUUACGGCAGAGGGUUGGAUGCGAUGGACAAACACGAGUACCAGGCGGUGGUUUCCAGUAUCCAAUUUCUCUUUCUCAGUAUCAACUCGGUCUUAAAAUGUAUGGACAAGCUCCGGACAAGAUUCGGGCAAUUGGACGCGCUGUCCUUCUCGAGGAACCAAAUUUUGUCCCUAGACCAGCUCCGCCCGCUGAAGUCGUUGAAUUUGCGGUCCUAUCCUGUGCAAAAGUAUCGUACUCGUAUAAAAAUAAAUGCAAGUCUUGCAUUUACAAAUCUCUUUGUCUUUCUUAAGGUAAAUCCGCAUGACAAAUUUUCUCUCUCAUGCUGAGAAAAUUUGUGAUGCAUUUAUACAAGUACGAUGCUUUUGCAGUUCAUAGGUCCUUGUCCAUUUUUCACAAUCCGAUCAACGAAACGAUGUCCGCAUCGGUGUUGCGCAUGCAAAUUCUGCACAUGCUCCCCACGCUGCAGAAGUUCAACUUGCGGACAGUGACGGAAUCGGAGCAGCGGGAAGUGCAGCGAGUGUAUAGCGGUAUUGUACUACCUACGACAUCAUCUAGUACAACCUCGUCGGGGACGAGUGGAGGCGGGUUUGCCACGGGAUCUGGCACUGGCGGGAGCAAUAGAGGGGCGAAUAAGCUGGACACUAAAGAAAACGCGUUGAAAAUCUCCCCCGAGCUCCAGGAGCUCUUGAGCAAUAGCGUCAAGGCGGACUUGAUGCUGCGGAAGCUGGAUAGCUGCUUCGAGGGGACGAUGAAAGAUCUGGUAGCGGACGCAUGGGAUGAGGCGAUGGAGUUGGGAUGAGCAAGCGACACGAAAUCAGCAACACGACUGCCUUUUUGAAAAUAAGUAAUACCGAAGUAUACAUAGAUGGAUCUUCAGCGCAUGCUCGUCAAAAAAAAAAUUCUAGCUUGUAGAAACUUUGAUCGAACUCAGUUCUUUGAACAACUUUGACAAUCCAAAGCUUUUUCAGUUUAUUAUAACUUUUGACCUACAUCACCUAGGUUGAUGUGACAGUUUCAUAGUUCUUUUUUAUUUUUCUUUUCGAGUAAGCCAACAAAGCAAGGUGGCUUCGCUAGCUCGUGUUUUUCUUGAAGUAGCGCUAACGGUGUGAGUGAGAAGAAAGCAAAACUAUCGCACAGUAAGCCAUUUGACUGACGAGCAAAGACCUUCUUUCAGUUCUUUCACUUCUGUGAAGUGCACGGUUCUUUGUUGAGGAGUGUGGUAAUAAUCGGCCUCGCCUAUCACGUUUUUCGCACGCUCCUACGUCCUCGAUGGCUUUUU